GCGCUGGAAUUGGAUCUGGGUGUCGAGAGGCAGCAAUCGCCUUUCUCGUCUGAGUCUUCGAGCCAGUCUUGCUUGGAGAAAGCGGACCUCGAUGUUAUUAGCCAGGUAUCCACCCGGUCCAGCCAAAGUGGGUUGCUUCGCAAGUCCCGCAAGCGGACAAAGGCCAAGGAUUUCCAGCGCAACUCCUCUGCUUCGUCCUCUUCCACAACAGACUGCCCUCCGAAGACACUCAGAGGUGUCUGCCAUCGUCUGGCCAGAUCUCUCACGUGGUUUGGGCGUCUUUGUUCACCGAGCACGGCAUGCGAGGACACUCUGCGCAAGUCUCCGAGCGAAAUCUCGACUUGCCCUAGUCCUCUAUGCACCCCGCUGGACACGUUCGAGCGUGAGGUUAGCCGGAGGUCCUAUGCCAACCGCUUUAUUCAGUUUAGCUUGGAGUUUGAUCCGGUCAUUGACCCCACCAGCCGGGCACUUCUCAACUCGCCACGCCGCAUGUCUCGCACGAACCAUGACGGCGAGGCUCACAAGUACCGUUUGUCCAUGCCAUAG